AUGAAUGUAGACUGGCCAAAUCAGGAGACGGCUGACCUCGUUGUCCCUCUCCUGAUUGACCUCUUCAACCAAUUUGAUGUAACCACUCAAAUAGGAGCUUGGUAUCAAUGUUUGAACUUCUUCCUCCAGCUCACCAGUUCUCCAGGAUCUGAUCCAGUCAGCUUCACCAAACGGAAGAACAAACGCAUGUGCUUGGAGCCAGCCUUACCGAAUUCACCCUCGCGUGCGGCCGAGGAGUCCCAAGGACGCAUGAACUGCAAACGGGUAAUCAAAUAUUUGACUCCGGAGGAUACUGUGAUGACUACGGCAAUAGAGUCCACGCCGUUGCUAUCUGGGAGCCGGAAACGUCCUCUCAAAGAGGGGGACAGCAAACGCCAGCAACUCUCCGACGAGCACGUCUGGCGUCUUCUUGCUCAGUCCAGUGCCCUAUUCUCCAGCCUUCUCGAGAGCAGUGGUCACGAAAAGCGUCGAGAGGAUCAACAGGACUCCGAGAUCCUCUCCCGUACCUAUGGCACUGUUGUUAGGCAUGUGGUCAGUCUGAUGGUCGGGGCUGCCUCCACUGGUUCCGGUCAUUCGGAGCAGUCUGCCGACGAGUCCACCGUCCAACCUCAGGCCAAACAGGCUCUUUAUCAUCUUCAGUCGAUUCUCGUCAAGCUGAACACCAUAAUCUCCAGCAGCGCAUUCCUCGAGUCCGUCUCCAGGCUCAUGUCCCUGCAUCAGACCAGCCUGAUGCGCAAGGCGCUGGAACUUCUGCUGGCCAAGCUGUCCAGUUUGACGGCAGGCUGCCCCAGUGCCACGGCCCUACUAAAACUAGCCCCCGUUCAGAGACGCAAGUUCUCUGCUGCCAGGUCUCGCACUCUGGAUGAGACCCUCGAGAACGGGCUAGUGACCCUGGCUGUCCAGUUAUCGGAGCCUGUUACUGCCGCGGCAAUCCACCGAGUACAGUCUCUCCUCCGCUUCGCUGUGGACCAUGCCUCCACCGCCUGUCGCCUCUCGGCUCAUCCAACCCUCUUGUCCGAAGCUGUGGAGGGUUAUGACGUUGGGAAGAUACACUCUAGGGAACAGCACCUUCAGCGUCUCCGGGGCUCAUCGCCUACUCGUCUGGAUCUCGCCCUACUGGCUCUAGCAUUCCGACUCACCCACCUGGAUCUGGCCUCAGCUACUGUGGCCAAACUGGAUCGUAGUGCCUCUGCCCUCAAGCAGUGUUCUGCCCUGGUGAAGCGUAUCACGCUCCAUCUCGUUCGCUGUCCCGACUCCCUUGGCCUGCUGACGCUUAUCAAAGAACUGUUCAAGGGCGCGUCUGCAGAUUCAGACGUGCACCUUGUGUCCGGUGGCCUCGACUUCCUCGCCCACCACUUAGACUUCAUCCGCACCUCCUCAGCCAGUGCAACUGUUGAUCUGGAUGAGACCUACGCCGAACCCUCGGAGACCCUGCCCAACACCAUCGAGACUGCCUACGUGGCGAAUCCAUCCCUAAUCUGGCGGCUUCUCAGUUUCGCCCUUCAAUGUAGGCCAUCCGUACCCACCAGCACAGAAGAAGCGACCGACCCCAUUCGGUUGGCGGCCUGUUCAGCCUCUGCCUCCCUGCUGGCCAGUCUCAAUCGCGACUACCGGCUACAACUGCUCUCCGCCUCCCUACGCUGGACCGUGUCCGUGCCCAAAACAACUGGGAAGAAGAGCGAUGCUGGCGCCGUGCCUCCUGUUCUCACUGUGUUAUUCCGCUUGGAAAGCGUGUUUAGGGUGCUUGAGAAACUUUCAGCCACCAUCUCUCCUGAGGCCUUCAUCGCUCUUGUGAAGAAUGCCAACCUCAUCAAUUUGUUCGUUUCCUGUCUCUCACUUCUUUCUGCUCCACAAAAGUCCAAGGUCAUGCAACGCCCCGUUCUUCUGUUGUGCCUUUCGCUCCCUGCUCCACUCACUCUUCCCCGAAUUUCGCUGCUUGUAGAUGUGCGAAAAAUGGUCCGUGCACUGGAGCUGCCUAACUUCAUGGACUCUUUUGGUCAGUUGGACUACUCCCAGUCGGAAGAACACCGACAGGCUGCCGUC